UCAGAUGAAAGAAUUGACAAAAAACUUGUGAGAGCAAGAAAAAGCUCAAAUUUGAUGAUUACGGGGGAAUUAAUCUGUAUCAAUUCUGAAUUUCAAAUAGAAAUUCAAAAUGUUAACUAUUUACCAAUGUCGAUAGCGAAUAUGGAAUCAUUGCAAACCUCACCUAACACUUCACCUUCCUCUCGCUAUUCCUGGCCAACAAAUAAAUGA